AUAAACCAUACUGUAAGGUGAUAUGGCGGAAGUUCCCGAGAGUCUGAAAAGGGAGCUAAGGGCAGUCCUACUAUCUUCUGGGGGACUCACAGAGAGAAAACUCAUCAAAGACUAUCAAUCUUUAAAUGGGAAAAUGAUACCAUGGAGAGAAUUUGGCUUUCAGCGCUUCAUUGAUUUGGCUAUCUCCAUUCCCGAUGUAAUCAGGAUUUCAUAUUCUGCGACGGAAAAAGAGAGUAUAUUCUUUGGCAUCGGGGAUGAAGAGUCUUAUAUGACGCCUGCUCAGAUACAGGCUCAGACAAAAAUAGCCAGUAAAGGUCGACAAAGAGGGAACAGGCGAAGAAAUAAUGAAAAUGCAUGGGGAUCAAGAAAUCAGUCAGAUUCAGACGGCGGUUCAUACCCUGACUUAAAAUCAAAUGCUAAAGGGCUCUACUCACUCUGUGUUGCCAAGGACGAUCUAACAUGCAGCAAAGAUGACCUGUUCAGACAAUUCAGAAAUUAUGGGAGAGUUGCAGAAACUCAUGAAAGUAGCAGGUUUGUAUUUGUACGAUUUGGCAGAAGGGAUGAUGCAAUAAAAGCUUAUGAAAAUAUGAAAGAUUCUCAUGACGUUAGAAUCCCAGAAGAGCAUAGUCGAUCUGGUCAAACAUCACAAAAUGUAAACAACAAUCGCAAUAGAGAAGAAAGACAUGACAAUGAAAAUAGAAGAGAUUUUCAACAACAAAAUCCAAUAGGUGGUGCUUCAGUACUUAGAGUUGAAAGACUUGACAAUGAAACUAGAAGAGAUUUUCAACAAAACAUUCAAAUAGGUGGCGCUUCAGCAUUAGGGGACAUUUCUAGUGUAAAUAGACUUCACCGAGAAAGUGAUAAAACUAUGGAUUUUAGUAGUAAGAGUUAUAACCAACAGCCACGUGAGACUUAUGAAACAAAAAGUGCUAUGAAUGGCGCAUCAAGUAGGAUUAGCCAUACUAGUGAGUCAUCCGACAGAUCAGCCACCCCUGAGGGUCAUAAUGAUAAUAGAGGGGGUGGGGCUCUAGGGGGUGGGGCUAGUGGAGGGACAACACAAUAUAAUGACUCCAACCAAAAUGAUUCUGAGGUAUUCAUUGGAAAUAUACCUUCAUCAUUGCAAAAAGAAGAUCUGUUGGAAAUUCUCAAAGAUUACCGCACAAGUAUUGUGGAAGUACGAUUCUUUAAAAAAGACAUAAAAUGUUUUGCUUUUGUUGAGUGUACAUCAUUUGAAGAGGCCUGUAAACUUCAUCAAGACUUGGAUGGGUUCGAAAUUCAGGGGCGUUGCCUCAAAGUCCAUUGCAAGGGCUCAGGCACUGUAGCACAAAGAAUCUAUGUCCCCACCCAAAGAGAAGAAGUCCCCAACCCCAGGCAUGAAACUUCUGUUCCCAUCCCAGUGACAAGGCAACCCCCAGGGUAUUCUGCCCCCAUCCCAGUGGCAAGGCAACCCCCAGGGUAUUCUGCCCCCAUCCCAGUGGCAAGACAACCCCCAGG